AUGGCCACGGUUGACACUUCUCUUCCCCCAGAGCCCUCUGGAGCUGCUGCAGGCUUGGCUGCUCAGCACGCUGACGCCCACCCGCUGAAGCUCUACGGCGGUUGGUUUUGUCCCUUUGUUCAGCGCUCCUGGAUCGUUCUUGAGGAGAAAAAGAUCCCCUAUCAAUACAUUGAGAUCAACCCGUACAAAAAGGCUGAAUCAUUUUUGGCCAUGAACCCCCGAGGCCUUGUGCCAACACUUGCCGUGCCAGCUGGUCCGCAAGAGUCAGCGCGGAAGCCUCUGUUUGAAAGCAACAUUAUCAGCGAGUACUUGGAUGAGGAAUACGGCGAUGAAUCAAAACAUGGACCCCAUUUGAUGCCCAAGGACGCCUACGAGAAAGCACGCGCUCGCCUCUGGAUCGACCAUAUCAGCAACAAAAUCAUCCCUGCAUUCUACAAGUUGCUGCAGCACACCGACGAGAAGCCAUUCACGUUAGAUGAGGCCAGGAAAGAGCUUCAUAAACAUAUCCUCGCACUCACAGAUCAGAUGGACUCGGAAGGUCCGUUUUUUGCAGGCAAAGAGCUGACCAUGGUGGAUGUCUGCUUGGCACCAUGGGCUAAACGCUUCUGGCUCAUUGAUCACUACAAAAGUGGCGGUGUAGGGAUUCCUUCUCAAGGUCAAAGUCAGGAAUGGGGAAGAUGGAGAGAAUGGUUCAAGGCGAUUUCGGAGCGCAAGAGUGUAAAGGACACCUGGAGCGCUGAUGAGCGCUACCUUGUCGCAUACAAGAGGUAUGCCGAUGACACUACCAACUCAGAGGUCGGGCAAGCGACGCGUCAGGGGAAAAAACUUCCUUAA